AUGGGCUACACUCUGUAUAACUAUACGCCAUCGCUGGCCGCUGCGGUGAUUUUUAUCAUUCUAUUCUUCACCCUCACACUUGGACAUUUAUUCCUUGCCUGCAAACAUAAACUAAAGUUCUUGGUUGCUUUUAUCGUGGGAGGCUUCUUUGAAUCAAUUGGCUAUGCUGCGCGAGCUGUUAAUGCACAUUCAGCACCGAACUACACAACCAUGGCAUAUGCAAUGCAAAGCUUGUUCAUUCUCCUCGGCCCAUCACUGUUUGCAGCAUCAAUCUAUAUGAUUCUUGGUCGUAUCAUUCGCUUAACCGAUGGAGACAGCCGAUCUAUGGUUCGCGGAAGCAAGUUAACCAAGAUCUUUGUCUCGGGCGAUGUAUUGUCAUUUGUGAUCCAGAGCGGUGGUGGUGCAGUUAUGUCAAGCGCUAAGACGGGUAGCAAACUGAAGCUCGGGGAAAAUGUCAUCGUCGUGGGACUUAUUGUCCAAAUCAUCUUCUUCGGCUUCUUUGUUUUUGUCUCGAUUUUUUUCCACAAACGGAUGUCAAGCAGCCCCACCUCCGCUGUGGUGACCGUUUCAUUCAACUGGGAUCGUUACAUGAAGGUUUUGUACUUCGCCAGUAUUUUGAUCAUAGUACGUUGCCUCUACCGAGUCAUUGAGUACAUCCAAGGAUCAACUGGCUUUUUGCAAAGCCAUGAGUACUUUGCUUAUAUCUUUGAUGCAACGCUGAUGGUUUCUGUCAUGGCUACCUUUAUACUGUUCCAUCCAAGCCAGAUUUUCGCCGGUCGGCAUAAGGAACUGGAUGAAACAGAAUUGAUCUACGGGCGGCAAGGUUAUGGGCGGGAAGUUUAA